AUGCCGAAAGUGAAUAUUAUGGAUCCAGUUUAUUUUAUUCGUUCGCUGUCUCGUUGUAUCAAGUACGAUGCUAAAGGAGGAAAGUCGAGAUCAGCUUUCUGCAAAGUAGCAGAUGAUAGAUUUAUUCUGAAGCAGGUCAAGUCAAUAGAGAUAUCAUCAUUCGAGCUCUUUGCUCCUCACUAUCUCAAGCACGUCACAAAGGCUCUGGAAGAUAAGCGACCUUUGACCUUGGCCAAGAUCCUCGGUGCGUACAGUAUUGGGUUCCGCAACUCUCGUACCGGUUCCUCAAAGCGAUUGGACGUUCUAGUGAUGGAGAACCUUCUGUACGAGCACAGCACCAACAAGGUGUUCGAUUUGAAGGGCUCCAUGAGAAGUCGAUUCAUUGAUCCGUCUAAAGAGAGCAGUGGGGACGUACUGUUAGAUGAGAACCUUCAAUCAAUUUGCUGCAACCCAGUGUACGUGUACCCCCACUCCAAGUGUGUACUGAUGCAGGCCAUACUAGCCGACACUGAGUUCCUGGCACAGAAUGCCAUCAUGGACUACUCUUUACUCACUUGCAUCGAUGACUCCACAGGAGAACUUGUCGUCGGAAUUAUUGACUAUAUCCGUACCUUUACGCUGGAUAAGAGGGUGGAAAUGUUCCUCAAGAAGACGGCUGGGAAGACGCUACCAACCGUCGUGUACCCUAAACUCUAUCGUAAACGGUUCUGCGAGGCAAUGGACAAAUAUUUCACUGUAGUGCCUGAUAAAUGGACAGGGCUGGGUGCAGACGUCAAGUACUAG